UUCAUUCAGGGAAUGGUAUUAUGUUGAGCGGACAACAGCAGGUCUUUAUUUAAGGCACAGCUCCUUCAGCAACAAACAGCAUAGCAGGGAGGCAAAAACCGGCCAUCUGUCAGCAGUGACCGGGAGAAAAGUUGGAAUGCAAAAAAGGAACACACCUCCUCCGGCUACUGCUAGACUGCUCUGCACAUCACUUUAGCAGAAGUCACCCAGGCAAAUCAGAAAGGCUUGAAAUAUACCAAAGUCGAGAGGUUUUCGCCACAAGAUUCCUACAAGAAUGGCCUCUGAAGGAUGUCGGAUUUAUGAAGAAGAUGCUGAGGGCGACAACCACACCAUGGGAAGUGCAGAACUUUGGCCAGACAGACUAGAUUAUGAGGAGCAGCAAAGUCAUCUUGAUGAAGGUGAAGACUGCAUGGAGAACGUGGCCGAAAUUGAGAGAUUGGAAGAUGUGCCCUGGGAAGAAAGAGACAGUGAAUAUUUUGCCCGAUUUCUGAAUGAGUUCCCUACCCAGAGAGAAGAGAUUGAAAAGUGUAUCAGAUCCCUUCGGGAAAUGGCCGAUGACAUUGACCAGACCCAUAAGAAGUGUACCAUUGCCAACAUUGCUGCCAACUCUACCAGUGCCUCCUCUGGCCUCUUGACCAUCCUGGGACUCACCUUGGCCCCCAUCACGGCAGGUGGGAGUUUGUUCUUGACAGCCACCGGGAUCGGUUUAGGGGCAGUGGCAACAGCGACUGGCCUUUCUGCUAGCUUAUAUGAGAGCGUGAAUAAUUCACACGAAAGGAAAAAAGCUCAAGAGCUGAUGAGUGAAUGUGAGAAAAGUCUAAGAAAGGCAAUGCAUCCCGGUUUCUGUUUUGGAUCGCCCCCAAAUAGCGGGGCUGUGGGGGAAAACAUGAAACAACUCGUUUCCAAUGUUGCCGGUCAAGUUCCUGACCUGUAUAAGGCUGUGAAGGGAAUCAGAGUGAAUGUAAAGGCAUUGAAGCAAGUCCGCGCCAAUCCCAGCUUGAAGGCUUUAGCAAAGCGAGUCACUGCUGCAAGUAGCAGAUCCCGGGGUACAAUCCGAGGAGCCAAGCACGCCAGAAAAGUCUUUGCAGGAACCACCCUUGCCAUGAGCAAAGGGGCCAGGCUGCUGAGUGCUGCAUCAACUGGGGUGUUUCUCCUAUUCGAUGCCUAUGGCAUUGUUCAGGAUGCUAAACAUUUGACUGAGGGAGCCAAGGCAGAAACGGCCGCAGAGAUAAGAGAGAAAGCUAGCAAACUGGAAGAAGAACUUCGUCACCUUGGCAGGCUCUACGAGGAAAUGAAAGGCCUUGUGUGCGAAUCAGAGUGAGCAAAGAAACAGACGGCAUGUGCGUGAACUAUGCAAUUCUCUAUUAGUUUGUAUUUGGUCGUGGUAAAUAUGUGGAAUCGUUUCUGACUUGCAACUUUCUACUUCACAUUUCUUCAAGAAACUCUGGCCCAAUACAGAUGCCCAUUUUGCCAUGUGUCAACAUUUUCUACCAUAGAUCUGUAUGGUUGUCUGAAAUAAUGAAAGCAUGUUUUGUGUGUGGUUGUGUGUUUGCCCUGCUGUAGAUUCUAGUCUGGGGGCCUUAUGAGGCAGUAAGUCUUGCCCACAUUAACCACUCAGUAAGCUGGUCAUCUAUAUUAGUGGUAACAUUGACAGCCCCUCCAGGUGCUGUUUUUAUUGUGCAUUCAUGGUGAUUUGGACUUAUGAUGGUAUUGGGAGAGUUAUACAUGAUCCCACUGUUUGUGCCUGCAAAAAUUGGGGGCGAACAUAUUGCUUCAUUUCCAAUUGGUGCAUGUCCCAUACUGCUGCAGUCCUGUAACUUAUUAUACCACAAAUGUUCCAGGGUUUGUUUUGCUUGUUUGUUCUGAUUUUGCUGCAUUUUGACACAAGAUUCCACACCAACACCCUGAUGGCAAUAAUGCAGUAACAUUGGGGAGGCAUCACAGAACAACUAAUAAAAUGGAAUGAUGGAUGGGUGGACCAAUACAUACCCACCAAUAA